CUGUACGAUUACCAGCUGCGAGGGAUCAACUGGAUGGUGAUCCGGAGGGCCUCACGACCUGAACCUAUCUUGGGAGGAAUUCUCGCAGAUGAUAUGGGAUUGGGUGAGCUGCCAGCUGAGAAAUUGUACCCUUCAAAUGAUGUGAUGCGUGGGUGCGAGCGAGCAAAGACACUGAUUGUCUGCCCGGUCUCUGUCUUGACCAGCUGGGACUCGCAGAUCGAAAGGCACAUUGAGGAUGGCAAGAUGACCACGACGAUACUCCACUCGAAGUACCCGCAAAGAAGUUACAACGUGUCCUCACGCAGUCUGUCUGAUUACGAUGUUGUUGUUACAAGCUAUGAGGCCUUGAGGAAUCUUUAUCAAAGAUGGCUCUUGCUGAUCCUCGAUGAAGCGCAUUGGAUCAAGAACAGGAAAACAAGAAGUCAUCGAGCUUGUCUGCAACUGACGGCCAUCAACCGGUGGUGUUUGACAGCAACGCCAUUGCAGAAUGAUGUGGACGAUAUCCAGUCUCUCUUGCAGUUUCUU